UACUCGGCAGAGCGGCCGCUGCCUCGGCCAAUCGGGCUACGCAGGGCUGGCGCCGACCAAUUGGCGCGGGCGGGGCGGGGCGGAGCGGGCGCGCCCCACCUGGAGCGAGUGCAGACCCGGCGGAGCACAGCGCAGGCUUGUAGGUCCCCGCGCCGCGCGAAGCCCUGGCCUCUGGAUAGCCAUGGGGUCCAAGGUGGAGGCCGGCAGGCGUCUGCUUUUGGUGUUGCUGAUCUUGGGUUUCCUGGCAUUGGGCAGGGCUGGCCUUUACACUUCCCAGCCGAAUGUCCAGAUUCCGGAGAACAAACCUGUCACCUUGUCCUGCUCCUACUCGGGCUACUCCUCCCCACGCGUGGAGUGGAAGUUUGCCCAUGGCGACACUACCAGCCUUGUCUGCUACAGCAACAAGAUCACAGCUUCCUAUGCAGACAGGGUCAUCUUCUCCCCUUCGGGCAUCACCUUCAAGUCCGUGACCCGGAAGGACUCAGGGGUGUACACCUGCAUGGUGUCAGAUGCUGAUGGCAACAACUAUGAGGAGAUUAACAUUCACCUGACCGUGCUUGUGCCCCCCUCCAAGCCCACCAUCAGCAUCCCAUCCUCGGCCACCAUUGGGAGCCGCACGGUACUCACUUGCUCAGAGCCAGAUGGAUCUCCAAGCUCCACGUACACCUGGUUCAAAGAUGGGGUAAAGAUGCCCGAGGACCCCAAGACCAGCCGUGCUUUCAGCAACUCUUCGUACAAUCUGAACCCCAAGACAGGCGAGUUGGUCUUUGAGCCCCUGUCAGCCUCUGAUUCGGGACAGUACUCCUGCACGGCCUCCAAUGGCUAUGGGCCAGACACUAAGUCAGAGGCCGUGAACAUGGAGGCUGCGGAGCUGAAUGUGGGGGGUAUUGUGGCUGCCGUGCUGGUCACCCUCAUCCUCCUAGGGCUGCUCAUAUUUGGUGCCUGGUUCGCCUAUCACCGGGGAUACUUUGACCGUAAGUCUCCUGGGCCUGGAAGUAAAAAGGUCAUCUACAGCCAGCCCUCGGCCCGCAGUGAGGGAGAAUUCAAGCAAACCUCCUCCUUCCUGGUGUGACCUGCUGUCACCCGCCAUCACCGGCUGCCCCCCAUUCUCACCUUGCCUCCUCUAACCCAGGUGCUGCCAACCAACCCUUGGCUCCUGCCACCUGUAGUCUCAUACGAUGCCUUAUGUGCCUUCUGAUCUCCGUGCUGUAGUUAGAAUGCCUCUUUCAUGCUCCCUGCCUCCCUUAUUGUGGCUGGGAGUCACCCCAGCCCUCCUCCCCCCUCAAGGGGCAGGUAUGCCCAAGUGGUGCCUGUGGACUUCCCCUCUGAUCGGACAUUGAUUGGAGAGUGGUCCUGGAGUCAGGGGAUGCACACCCAAGAUGGUCCAGGCUGGUCCAUGGAGAUGAGGGCUGGAGUAGCUGAAAUGGGUCCAGUCUCUCCCUGGGAAGUACCUUAGGACCUCCUGAACAUGUGGAGCCUACUAUUGGGAUGACAAGAGCUUCUGUUUUAGAGAGCCUAAAUGGCGGCCCUCCUUGGGAACCCAUCCAGGGGUCCAGCCUCUGAUAGGGGAGCAGGCCACUACCUAUCUUUGACUGAACAACCGGACAAAUGAUUUUAAGAUGUGUCUGCAGGGCACUGGGGAUGAACAAGGUGGCCCAAGCUCUUUGUUGAGCGUGUGUGUGUGUGUGUGUGUGUGUGUGUGUGUCCAUCCAGCUUUUGACUGAGUGUGGCAUAGCCCUUUGGUGUGUGUGUGUGUGUGUGUGUGUGUGUGUGUGUGUGUUAGCUGGUUGUUGCUGGAAAUAAAAUCUUGGGUUUUGUCAAAGCUUCUUGUUCUGGGGUAUGGGAGGGGUGGGAGUAGAGUGAAGUUCUGGCUCCUUUGCACAAACAGGGUGCCUCAGACUCAGCCCCCCACCACACUCCUGCUUCCCCAUUCCAGAUCCUUGUAGUUGCUCUUCCUCACUUGAGCAAGUAGGAAGUCUUCCCCCCCCUCCCCUGCCACCACCCAUUUUGCUUCCUCCUUUUAAUCUAGACCCUUUGGGGUAGGGGGUGGGGGUGGGGUGGGGAUGGAAUAAGGAGUCCCCUGGGCAAUAUCAGUAACACCAGCCCAGGGGACUUGGUGGAGCCCCUUAUCUGAAAGUCCCUAACCUCACUGAGGUUUUAUCUCAUAUCAGAACUUCCCAAAGGCAAAAAAACACAAAAGGCCAAUCAGUACCUCAAGUAAUCUUCACACACCAAUAGAAAUAUGCAAUUCUUAGAUGGAAAGAAAAUCUAAUUAGGCUGAAGCAGUGAUGGUUCAGUAGGAAGGAGAUGGUUCAGUAGGGAAGAAUUUUAAAGUAUGUCAUGGUUGGAGGGAGGUAUGUGGGGGAUGAGGGCAGGGGCCCUCCCGGGGCCCUCCCUCCCUCCCUGAUCACUGGCUCAGGAAUACGACGGCUCCAACCAGACUGGAAAUUCACCUCCUGCAACCACAGCCCCCAAAUUAGGAAAACACCAAGUCUGCUGUCAUUAUAGAAUGUGAAAGCCCCCCCCCCUUGUUUUAAUUAAAUGCUUAUUUUUCACAUUGUGUUUACAUGUGGGAGUUUUACAUUAAAGGACUUGAAGGUCCUAGA